AUGAAUUCCAUAGCUUUAUGUGAAACUUUGCUUUACUAUUACAUUAAAAAUGUGCACUUCCUGAACACUGCUGGAGAGAGGGUGGCUUUUGAUGAAAAGGGAGAGCUGAAGGGUCUCUAUGAUGUAUUAAACUGGCAAGUUUCACAUGACAUGAAAGGCAAUAUGGCAAAAGUUGGAAUUUUCGAUGACUGGGGACCGAAUGGGGAGAAGCUGGUUUUGAAUGAAAAUUCCAUAAUUUGGGGAGAAAAAUAUUCACAGGUGCCUUCCUCUGUAUGUUGCCAAAGCUGCUUGCCUGGAUACAGGAAAGCCCCUAGAGAAGGAGAGCCUUUUUGCUGUUACGAUUGCAUUCCAUGCUCAGAUGGGGAAAUUUCAAAUGCCACAGAUACAACCGACUGCAUGAGGUGCCCAGAGGAUCAGUGGCCGAAUGAGAACAGGAUUUACUGCAUUCCGAAAGUCAUUGAGUUCUUGUCCUAUGAAGAAUCACUGGGCAUGGCUUUAUCUGGUGUUUCCACUGUAUUUACACUGCUGACUGUUUUUAUUCUUUGCAUAUUUAUUCGGUACCGGGAAACCCCAUUGGUGAAAGCCAAUAACAGAAGUCUGAGUUACCUGCUCCUUGUUGCCCUCCUUCUUUGUUUCCUUUGCUCGUUCUUGUUCAUUGGCCAUCCUUUACUGAUAACCUGCCUUAUCCGCCAAGCUGUAUUUGGGAUCAUAUUUUCACUCUGUGUGUCCUGCAUUUUUGCCAAGACAAUGACAGUUGUUAUUGCCUUUAGUGCCACAAAACCAAACAGCCCCCUAAGAAAAUGGGUGGGUUCUUCAAUUCCAAACUACAUGAUACUCGGUGGCUCCAGCAUCCAAACUGUAAUAUGUGCAUUAUGGGUUAUCACAUACCCUUCAUCCCCAGACUUGAAUACCAAGGCAUCCAAAGGCAAAAUAACAGUAGAGUGUAAAGAAGGAUCACCAGGCUUUUUCUAUGUAAUGUUGGGCUUUUUAGGGUUUUUAGCUCUUUUGACUCUUACAGUUGCUUUCCUGGCAAGAAAAUUGCCCGAUGGUUUCAACGAGACCAAGUUAAUUGCAUUCAGUAUGUUGGUUUUCACAAGUGUUUGGAUCACUUUCAUUCCAGCCUAUGUCAGUACUGUAGGCAAAUAUACUGUUGCAGUUGAAAUAUUUGCUAUACUGUCAUCCAGCUUUGGCCUUUUGGUGUGUAUCUUUGCUCCCAAAUGUCAUAUCAUUAUUCUUCGACCUCAUCAGAAUACUAGAGACUUUCUAACUGGUAAAAAAUAGCUAAAAAAAUAAAUAAAAA